AUGAGUAGCAGAGGCAUGGAUAGGAAGGGAAGCAGCACGGAGGACAAAAAACUUUCUCUGCAGAUGCAUAUAGUGGAUGAGAAGCGCAAAAAGUUGACACAGCUAAUGAAUCGCAAGCGAGAUGAGUGCGUUGACAGGAGGAGGGAGAUACGAGCAGUUCUUAGCCAAUCGGAGAAAAAUCUCUUGCAAGCGGACAAGGCACUUUCACAGCUGGAGGAUUUGAAUCACCUUCACCACUUGAGUGUGGACCUGUCACGCCUGGCGAGGAAUGCAUUCAACAGUCUGGGGUCGCUACUCUCACGGCAGAUCUCACACAUGCAAGAAAAGCGCGUGUCAGACGAGGACAUGGAGCAGGCAGGCCUUCCUCACACUCUUAACGAAGCUCUGGACGAGUGGUUAGAGGCGGCAGGUCUUACUGAAGAAGGGUCUGAGGCUGAGUCCGCAGAGGGGGUUGAGGCUGCAGAGGGGUCUGAGGCUGCAGAGGGGUCUGAGGCUGCAGAGGGGUCUGAGGCUGCAGAGGGGUCUGAGGCUGCAGAGGGGUCUGAGGCUGCAGAGGGUGCUGAAACUGUAGAGGGGAGUGAGGCUGUGGCGCAAUGCCAAGUACCGGAGCCUGCAGCAGACCCAUCCGAAGAAGCGAUGCAAAAACUGGGUAACCUGCUAUCCUUGCUGUGCAGUACCCACAUGAGCGCAGGACACAGCUACAAUGAGGUGCUGACAAAGCAUCAGUCCGUGGGAGAAGAGCUCAAGGCGCUCAGGGAAAGUGUUGACAUGAGCUACAUUGACGAGUAUCGCAAGAAAGAAGACGUUUUUUUCGAGAGGUUCUUUGAGGCAGCAGACCUGACGCUGGAGAGGAAUGCUGUGCAGCAAGAGCAUGACGCGCUGAUAAGGCAUCGGCAAGAAGAGUUCACAGCAAGCUUUGAUACAAUCAGGAUGCGGGUGAAGGGGAUCUACCAGAUCAUGGCGCCAGGUGGCGAUGCUGACCUGGCACCCGUUGACCCGCUUGACCCAUUCACCCAAGGAAUUCACUUCUCGGUGCGCCCGCCACAGCAGCAGCGCUGGAGGAGCAUGGACGACCUCGAUGGAGGAGAGCAGCUCCCUGGCGUUGGUGUUGGCAGUUCACCUGGGCACACGCACUCACCCCUAAUCACUGGACUUGAUGCUGCUUCCCAUGGCCUUCAAGGACACGUCCUUUUUGGCUGA